UUUCUUCAAUCCUCCAUAGAUUUCUCUCCCUCUUCUAGUCUCUUCUUGCUCCAUGUUAUUUUUUUUUUCCAUCAACUGUGUUCUUUAAAUCAUUAGAUGCAAAUAAGAUGAACCUCUUUCACACCCAAGGUGCUCAUGCUAUGAGUGACAGUUCUUCUCUUGCAACUUCGAUAGAGCAUUAUGGGCUUCACGUUAUAGAUUGAAAUUUGGGGUUUGCAAUGAGACAAUUGGCCGUGAAUCCAAUUUGGGUGCUGGUAUUACUGGCUUUCAACAAUGGACAUUUUCCAAAUGGAGUUGGUGCUGACACUUACAAAAGGCCUGAAGUAGUAAACAUUGGCUCUAUAUCCUCUUUUAAUUCUGAAAUCGGCAAAGUUGCAAAGGUUGCCUUACGAGCAGCGAUUGAAGACGUGAAUUCUGAUCCAGGAAUUCUUCGAGGAACCAAGCUGGUGUUGACAAUGCAUGAUUCCAAUUUUAGUGGGUUUCUGGGCAUGGUCGAGGCUUUACAGUUCAUGGAGAGUGAUGCAGUGGCCAUUAUUGGCCCCCAAUCUUCUGUUGUAGCUCAUGUGAUUGGACACAUAGCAAACGAACUCCAAGUGCCACUAUUAUCCUUUGCAGCAACAGACCCGACCUUGUCUUCUCUUGAGUACCCAUACUUCGUGAGAACAACAUGUAGUGAUUUAUUUCAGAUGGCUGCAAUUGCAGAAUUGGUUGAGUACUAUGGAUGGAGAAAAGUAAUUUCAAUUUAUGUGGAUGAUGAUUAUGGGAGGAACGGGAUAGCUGCAUUAUCAGAUCAACUGGCAACAAAAAGGUGUGGGAUCUCUUUCAAAGCACCUUUGACCCCUGAAGCUACCCGAACUGAGAUCACAGAUGUGUUGGUUAAGGUGGCUUUGGCAGAAUCUAGGAUUCUUGUUCUUCACACGUAUCCUGAUCAGGGUCUAGAAGUUCUUUCCGUGGCACAAUUUCUUGGUAUGACAAGCACUGGAUAUGUCUGGAUAGCUACGAAUUGGCUCUCCACCGUCCUGGACACUAAUUCUCCUCUGCCGUCUGAGACCAUAGAAACUAUCCAAGGACUUCUUACACUGCGGGCAUACACACCAGAUUCACAACUAAAAAGAAACUUUGUGUCUAGGUGGAAAAACUUGACAGCUAACCAAACAACUAAUGGUCCCUUUGGGUUGAAUACUUACGGCCUAUAUGCCUACGACACUGUUUGGACACUUGCCCGUGCAAUUGAUGCUUUUUUCAAUAGAGGAGGAAAUAUUUCCUUUUCUAAUGAUUCCAGGUUAAGUGAAUCAGAUGGUGGGAGUUUGAAUCUAAAUGCUAUGAGCAUUUUUGAUGGAGGAAAAAUGUUGCUUGACAGCAUUUUACAAGUCAAUUUGACUGGCUUAACAGGGCCUAUUAGGUUUGAUUUGGACAGAUCCCCAAUCCAUCCUGCAUAUGAAGUCAUUAAUGUGGUUGGCUGGAGUAGAAGAAUUGGUUAUUGGUCUAAUUAUUCCGGGUUCUCUAUUGUACCUCCAGAGAUGCUCUAUACAAGGCCACCUAACCGUUCCAGUGUGAAUCAACACCUCCGUAAUGUGCUCUGGCCUGGACUAACACCCCUGAAACCUCGUGGGUGGGUUUUUCCAAAUAAUGGAAAGCUAUUGAAAAUUGGUGUCCCAAACCGAGUCAGUUAUCGUGAAUUCGUAGCCCAAGUGCCUGGCACUGAUAUGUUUAAAGGGUACUGCAUAGAUGUUUUCUUUGCUGCCCUCAACUUGCUGCCGUACGCUGUCCCAUUUAAGUUAAUGCCUUUUGGAGAUGGCCGUAACAACCCCAGCGGCACUGAGCUUGUGCGCUUAAUCACAGCUGGUGUCUAUGAUGCUGCAAUAGGUGACAUUGCAAUCAUUACUAACCGAACAAAGAUGGUGGAUUUUACCCAGCCAUAUGUUGAGUCAGGGCUAGCUGUGGUGGCACCAGUUUGGAAGUCAAACAAUAGUGCUUGGUCUUUCUUGAGGCCCUUUUCUUGGGAAAUGUGGAGUGUAACAGCCGCUUUUUUCCUAUUUGUGGGAGUAGUUGUUUGGAUUUUGGAGCAUAGGAUUAACGAUGACUUUCGUGGCUCUCCUAGGAGACAAAUCGUUACUGUUCUAUGGUUUAGCUUAUCGACCUUGUUCUUUGCCCAUAGAGAAAACACAGCCAGCGCUCUUGGUCGCCUGGUGCUUAUCAUAUGGCUAUUUGUGGUUCUAAUCAUCAAUUCCAGUUACACUGCGAGUCUGACCUCAAUUCUCACAGUCCAGCAGCUUUCUUCACCCAUUAAAGGGAUUGAGACUUUGAUGUUGAGCCAUGACCGCAUUGGCUACCAAGAGGGUUCAUUUGUGCGAAAUUACCUGCAUGAGGAACUCGGCAUUCAUGCUGAGAGACUUAUACCUCUUCAUUCACCAGAUGACUUUGCUGAAGCCUUAAAGAAGGGUACCAAGAAUGGUGGAGUCGCAGCAGUCGUAGACGAGAGGGCAUAUAUUGAUAUCUUUCUGUCAACCCGUUGUGAGUUCAGUAUUGUAGGCCCGGAGUUCACAAAAAAUGGAUGGGGAUUUGCAUUUCCUCGCGAUUCGCCUUUAGCAGUUGAUUUUUCAACUGCCAUUCUGAAACUGUCCGAAAACGGGGAACUGCAGCGAAUCCACGACAAAUGGUUGAGGGGAAGCGCUUGCAGUUUACAAGGUGCAAAGCUUGAAGUGGACCGCCUUCAACUUAGAAGCUUUUCAGGCCUCUUUCUUAUGUGUGGAUUAGCCUGCUUGCUUGCUCUCUGUGUGUACUUUGUGCUGAUGGUCCGGCAGUUCAGCCGCCAUUACAUCGAGUCCUCGGAAUCUUCUGGUGGAAGCUCGCGAUUGGCACGUCUCCAGACAUUCCUCUCGUUCAUCGAUGAAAAGGAAGAAGAAGUCAAGAAGAGGUCAAAGAGAAGGCAGCUGGAGAGCGGUUUGGAUCGCAGCAAUAGGGGGGAUGAAUCAACAGAUAAUUCCAACAUAAGUAGUAGUAAAAUAGAAAUGAACUCAAGCACAAGUCUUAGUUCUGGUUCCAGAAUUUAGUCUGCAUCUCUCUGAGGCCUGAACCACAACAGUUACCAUACAUAUUAGUCAUGGGUUUCAGACAAACUAUAUAUAUAUAUAUAUGUAUUAACAGAAAUCAUGUUGGUCCUUCGUAAUCUGUACCUGGAUAGUUCAGCGUAAUACACUGAUAGAAUACCAGAUAGCAAGUUCAACAGCAAUCAA